CAACUGUCAUUGUCAAACUUCAAACCGUCAAACAAGAAUUAUUGAAAAUCAUCGUUUUCUCAAACGAAUUAAACACUCUACAAUAUCGCAAAUCGCAAACAAUUCGUAGUCGAAGAUGUCCCGAGGUAGCAGCGCCGGUUUCGACCGACACAUAACGAUUUUCUCGCCGGAGGGCCGCUUGUACCAAGUCGAAUACGCUUUCAAAGCCAUCAACCAAGCCGGGCCCACUUCGGUAGCGGUCCGCGGGACCGACACGGCGGCCUGCGUCACCCAGCGGAAGAUCCCCGACAAAUUGGUCGAUCCCAACACCAUAACCCACUUGUUCCAGCUCACCGAUCACACCGGCUGCGUCAUGACGGGAAUGAUAGCGGACAGCAAAUCCCAGGUGCAAAGGGCUCGAUACGAAGCGGCCCAAUUCAAAUACAAAUACGGCUACGAGAUGCCCAUAGACGCGUUGUGCAGAAGAGUCUCCGAUAUAUCUCAGGUGUACACCCAAAACGCCGAGAUGAGACCUUUGGGUUGUUCGAUGCUGCUGAUAGGCUACGAUAAGGAAAUGGGGCCGUGCGUGUACAAAGCCGAUCCGGCUGGUUAUUACUGCGGGUAUCGGGCGGUCGGUGUGGGUUCGAAGCAAACGGAGGCGAACAGUUUCUUGGAGAAGAAAUUGAAGAAAAAAGCGGAUUUGGGUAAAGAUGAGGUCGUGCAGCUCGCUAUCAGUUGUCUUUCGAGCGUUCUUUCUGUGGAUUUCAAACCGACUGAAGUGGAGGUCGGGGUCGUUACGAAAGACGAGCCUAAAUUCAGGAAGCUUACCGAGCAAGAAAUCGACUAUCAUUUGACUGCUAUCGCAGAACGAGACUAGUAGUUUGUAUUUUUUUUUUAAUGAUAUUUUCUAUAAAGGAUUCGGUGAAGUUUGAAUAUCUAAGCAUUAAUUUAAUAUAAUCAAAUUUUACAUUCGAGUUGUUAUUUUUCAACAAAAUCUAGUGU